CGCGCCUGGAGCUAUCCAGGCGCUUCGGUCGUGUUGCUAAGGGCCACUGGCUGUUUCAUGGCUCCGACUUUUGGGCGCGGAGAGCCGGCGGGGGGACAGGGGCCGGCGUGUGAGAUCCUGAAACGGUUCACCCUAGAAACAGGGCACCCUGGUGACUUUCAUGACAAUGCAUAAUAACCCAUCUGGAUGGGCAUCUCCCCGUGAUAUCCUUCAUUUAUGUCAACUAGGGCGAUGCUGGACAGACGACAAAAAGGUGCUGUCGUGCGGCAUUCCUGGAGCUUUGAGAGAUCAGUCAGGACUCCAUUAUACCUGCUUGUGCUGCUGAUCUCCCCUGGUUCCUCCACAUGAAUUCUAGGAUGCAGCAGCCUGCACAGCAGAUCAAUGAUUCUGGGAACAAGGUACCUUUAGGUGUUCUUCCAACCUGGGAAAGUCAUUAACAUUAGGUACUUCCAGCUGCAUACAUUUUGUUUGUUGCACAGUCCAACUGUUAUGUGAGAAUGGGUGAUCAGAUUGAACUGCUAGUGCACAACACCUCAAACCUGGUCCCUAUUGAGGACAGCAAAGCCCAGCCAGAGGACAAGAAGGAGUCCACACCAUUCCAUAGUGACACUGUGAAGUACCCCCCUGAACAGCUGGGCCAUGGGGUCCCAGGAGUGGAGGCACCAUUUAUCCCAAGACCCCCGAUGAAACCCAAGCCUCGUCGGCAGAGCAGGUUGCAACAUCUGCACUCACUGGAAAGUAUGCAGAGCAACCGGAAGGCAAAAAUCAGGAGCAGUGAGGAGAGCUCUUCUGAACACAUCGACACUGACUCUUCGUGCGGUUCUCUCUAUGGGGACUUCUCAGGCUCUCCCAUGCCAUGUCUCCAGGACAGAUCCACAGUGGCUUCCCAGAAGCUCUUGUCUCGAAGUAACAGCAGCAGCAGCAGCAGCAGCAGCAGCAUGCGAGAUUGUGACAUCAGCCAGUCAGCCAGCAGCAUGACAGAGUACAGGAACAGCCCCAACCCCUUGGAUUCCGAGCCCAAACAACCCUCCAGUGAUAAAACAAUAUCAUCAGCCAGGAGGAGGCUGCCUCCAGUGGUGCACACCAAGCCUCUCCCUCCCAUCACCGUUAAUAUAGAGUCACCAGCACUAAGGACCAGUAAUCGGAUCGACUCGGAUUAUGCAGAUUACAUUCACGUGACCAGGAAGGAGCUGUCAAACCAGCACAACCAUUUUUAUUCCCCAUCCCAAGGGACUGAGGACAGUCGAUCCUCUUUCUCCAUGUCUUCUUCAAGCAGUAUCUUGUUUCCUGUCCGUUCAGAAGAUCUUCGGAACAGGAGUUACCUGGAGGGUAGUCUCCUGGCCAGUGGAGCACUUUUGGGAGCCAGUGAAUUAGAUCGUUAUUUUCCUGAUAGAAGGAUCCGAGUGUUUAUUGCCACCUGGAACAUGCAAGGCCAGAAGGAGCUCCCGGAUACGCUGGAUGAUCUGCUGCUGCCCUACGACUGUCACUACAUCCAUGACUUGUAUGUCAUCGGGACUCAGGAAGGAAUCCCAGACAAGAGAGAGUGGGAGAUUCGCCUGCAGGAGAUUCUGGGGCCUUACUUUGUAUUGCUGUACUCGGCAGUACAUGGAGUGCUGCAACUCUCCAUGUUUAUCAGGAGAGACCUCAUCUGGUUCUGUUCAGAGGUGGAACAAGCAACUGUGACAACUCGGAUCAUCUCCCAGAUCAAGACGAAAGGAGCUGUGGGGAUCUCAUUUACUUUUUUUGGGACAUCCUUCCUCUUCAUUUCUUCUCAUUUUACCUCUGGGCCAGGGAAGGUUUAUGAGAGGAUGCUGGACUAUAAUAAAACAAUAGAAGCCCUAGCACUGCCAAGAAUCGUUCCCGACACUAACGUCUACAGAUCUGACCCAAAUGAUGUGACCACCCGGUUUGACAAUGUUUUCUGGUUCGGUGACUUUAACUUUCGGCUGGAUGUAAAACGAGCAGUGAUCGAUGAGCUUCUGCACAGCAGCACCAAGGAUAACCUCUGCUCUAUUCUCCAUUAUGAUGAGUUAACCAAGAAGCUACAGGAGGGCUCUGUUUUUAAAGGGUUCAAAGAAGCCGAAAUAAAUUUUCCACCCACCUACAAGUUUGACAUUGGAUGUGAUGUGUAUGACAGUAGUGCAAAGAAAAGGACUCCCUCUUAUACGGAUAGAAUCAUAUACAAGAGUCGGCAGAAAGGUGACAUUCUUGUGGUUAAGUAUGGCUCCUGCACCUCCAUCAAAACCUCAGACCACAGACCCGUGUACUGCUUCUAUCAAGUCAAGAUUCGACCUGGAAGAGAUAACAUCCCAUUGUGUGCCGGUCAGUUUUACAGAGAUAUUUACUUGGAGGGAAUAAAGAGACGUUUCCUCAGGGAGCAGAAACGAUGUGCUUUAUCAGACCAGAAGAACAGCACUAUCUGCAGUGUAUCCUGACACAACACAAAAACAGGAAGCUUCCUUAAUCUGCCCAAUCUCUGUAGCAAUCAAGGUUGGAGAUACACCUCAACUGUGCAACACCACUGCAAAAGGGUGCUGAUCGCAGGCCUGACCUCAUACAGGCCAGAAGCCCUUGCCAGAGUCACAAACCAGCCAACCACAGAUACAAUGCCAAGGAGAAAGGACAGUGCAGGCAAGGGUGCCAUGCAUCCCAGUUAUAAGUGGUAGCUAUGUGCACAUUAUAAUCUAUGAUUAUUGCCGCCUUGUUUUAUAUUUUGUGGCUUUUUUUGUAUUUACAACACAUUGAAAGUGUUUCAUAGACAUUUUUUUUUACAGACCAAAUGUUGGAAUUUGAUAAAUUGUUUAAAGUGUUAUUUCCAAGUUUCUCCCUCCUGAAGCCUUGCUGGACUCUAGGGUCCCCUGGAGUUCCUGUGUGCGGGAGUGAUUGGGGGGGGGGGGGGGGGGGG